AUGGGCGGGGAGGUGGCCGAGUGCCUGGAGGCGCUGGCGGCCCUCGACGUCGCGCGGGCGGAGCUGCCAGGCAACGUGGCCACCAAGGUGCUGUUGGCCUUGGCCCGAGCCCCUGAGCUGAGCGAGAACCUCACGCAACAGUUCACGGGCCUGGCCACGCAUUUCGACCUGAAAGUCUUCGAGGCCGCGGGGGCCGAGGCCUCGCGCUGGCGCUCCGUGGCCGCCUGCCGCAAGCUCUUCCGCUUGGCAGGCCUUGCAUCGGUGCGCAAGAGCGAGAAGCUUCUGGUGCUGCUGGUGCGCGGGCAUUCCAACGACCACAAAGCGAUGCACCAGCUGGUGGAGGACGUUUUGGCAGAGGGCGCUAUGAGCCGAUCCGCGGUGGACUCUAUGCUGUCGCAGUGCAACUUGGCGAAGAACGAGGACACGGCCAAGCUGUUCCUGCAGGAGCACGCGGACGCCUCCGGCUUGGAUGCCAAUCGCCAGGCGAGGCUCAUCAGCGCCUGUGGCAAGGAGGGCAACCUGCAGGGUGCCCUCAGCGCGUUUCACAAGCUCCAGGAGAACGGGAACACGCAGCCCAACGUCUUGGUCUACAACUGCCUGCUGGACGCCUGCAUCGAGUGCAAGGCGCUGCCGAAAGCCUUGCACUUCUUCGAGGAGAUGAAGAAAAAGGAGCUGGUCGACGUGGUGAGCUACAACACCCUCAUGAAAGGCCACCUGGCGGGCGGCGACACCGGCAGCGCCCUGCGCACCUUCACCGAGAUGCACCAAGCGGGGCUCGUGGCCAGCCGCGUGACCUAUCAUGCCUUGCUGAAUGCCGUGGUGAGCAAGGGCGACCGCGCCGGCGCUUGGCGCAUCGUGCAGGAGAUGAAGAGCAAGGCCCUCGCCGCCAGCACGGUCACCUGCAGCAUUCUCUUGAAGGGCGUCACGUCGCGCUCGCAGAGCGGGGAGCUCGCGAAGAUCUUGGCGCUGAUCGAGGAGUGCCAGAUGCCCAUGGACGAGGUGCUCUUCGGCGCCUUCGCGGACGCGUGCAUCCGCUGCGGAAACCUCAAGCUGCUGUGGCAGCGCUUCGAGCUGUUGAAGCAGAAGGACCUCACCCAGGUCUCCGGCCCCACCUACGGCAGCAUGAUGAAGGCCUUUGGCCAGGCUCAGGACGUGUCCACGGUGAAGGAGCUCUGGCGGCACAUGACGACGAAGAAGGUGAAGCUCACUGCUGUCACCUUGGGCUGCAUGGUGGAGGCUUUGGUCACGAAUCACCACGUCAGCGAUGCCUGGCGUAUCGUGAAUGAUACCUGGCUCAAGGAAGAUCAACGCGACCUUGUCAACACUGUGAUUUACUCCACCAUCGUCAAGGGCUUCACCAUGUCCCGGCAGCACGACAAGGUUGUGGCCAUCUACAAGGAGAUGAAGGAGCGUGGCAUCGCCUGCAACACCAUUACCUUCAACACCAUGCUCAACGCCUUGGCGCGCUGCGGCAUGAUGCAUGAAGUGCCGCGUCUCCUGGAGGACAUGCGCGACAGCGACCCGCCGGUGCAUCCAGACAUUGUCACCUACUCCACCAUUGUAAAGGGCUACUGUAUGGCUGGGGACGUCGACAAGGGCUUCGCACUGCUCAAGGAGAUGAAGACCCAUGGCGGCGUGAAGCCUGACGAGGUGCUCUACAACAGCCUGCUGGACGGCUGUGCCAAGCAGUCGCGGGUGGAGGAUGCCCUGGCCUUGUUGCAGGAGAUGAAGGACCAGGGAGUUGGACCCUCCAACUACACGCUGAGCAUCCUGUGCAAACUUCUGGGCCGGGCGAGGCGCUUGGAGCAGGCCUUCCAGAUGGUGCACAGCUUCACAGAGCAGUACGGCUUCAGGGCCAACAUCCAGGUCUACACCUGCCUCAUGCAGGCCUGCUUCCACAACCGCCAGGGCCAGCGCGCGGUGGCGCUGCACGAUCAGGUGGUCAAGGAAGGCGGCUGCAUGCCUGAUGAGAAGACCUAUACUGUCAUGGUCCGCGGAUGCCUCCAGGGAGGUUUGGUGGACAAGGCCCUGCAGGUUGCGCGCUGCGCAUUCCACCUGCCGGGCCACGACAUGCGGCAGACCUGCGUGAUGCAAGGGGUGGAGAUGGGCUGCCUUGAGGAGCUCCUGGGGUCCGUGUCAGCAGAGAAGCGUGAGGCCUUGACCAAGGACUGGGACGCGUCUUUUGGCCCGUGGCCGGGGGCCCUGGCGGACUUCGUGAGCUACCUGCGCGAGGAGGGGUUCAGGCCAGUUGCUACACCGACCAGAGCUCGGGCCGAAGGUGAGACCAGUUGGGCUCCGACGCAGGCGCACUCGAUGGCCUUCAGAGGCAUCGAGCAAGUGCCAGAGUUACGGCGAGACUCUGAAGUUCAAGGCCAAUGCGGGGAUCAAGCCGCUGUCUCGCUCACAUCCUGGCAUGAGAUCUCAGCUCCUGCAAGCUUUUGCUCAUCCAGGCACGCCGAUUCCCAGUUCAAGACAGGCAGCGGCUUUUCACGGCAGGCUUUCAUGCAACCGCAUCCAGCGCAGCCGCUGCAUCCGUCGGGCAACUUUUGGCCAGCAGAAGCACCUAUCCAUGGCUCCCACUCCGAUUCCCAGUUUGCAGCCUCUUCAUGGGGUGGCCACUUUUCACAGCAACCAUCCACGCAGCCUGCCUCGCAGUUUGCAACACAUUUGUCGAGCAACUUUGUGCCAGCUGAAGAGCCCGUCCAUGGCGCCGACUGCCAGUUUACAGCAUGGUCGUUUGGCGCCUGCUCGUCACAGCAGCAGCCAGCCACACAGCCUGCCUCGCAGUUUGCAACACAUGUGUCGGGCAGCUGUUUGCCAGCAGAAGCGCGCAACCACGGCACAGACUACCAGUUUGGAGCAUGCCCGUCUGGCGGCUGCUUUUCACAGCAGCCAUCCACACAACCUGGCCCUCCCUUUGGCAACUUCUUGCCGGCAGAAACGCCCCGACAUUUUGAAGGCUCGAUUCAACGUACUGCACCUCCUUCACACUUUUGCUUAGAGUCACGACGGCCUUCCGACUCCCAGCCUGCAAGAUCUGGUGGUUUUCCUCGCUCGAGCCGGCUGGAGCCCUAUGGGCGGUCGACUUCCAGUCCGAUGACAGGCAAGGGCAAUCGUCGCCCAGAUCGCUUCCACGACAUCCGGAAAUGGAUCCAGAAGGUGCCCUUCAGAUGA